AUGGCUCUACCGCAAGAAGAUAAACAGUUAAAUCGAUGUUGUACAUUUUGGAAGAACGGACUUUAUUGGUCUAAUGGUCAUGGUGUAGGAUCACUGGUAGAGAUUGUGGACGAGAGCCAGUGUGUACUAGUAAUGAUGUCCUUUAAACAACGCAUUAUGAUGUCAGUAGGAAGAGAAGUGAUAGAAGAGGUAAUGAGUGUUUAUAAAGAAUCCUGUCCCAGUCUAGAGGUAAAAAAGUUAGUUAUUGAUCCUAAAGAACUAGCCUAUCCUGUGAAUACACCAAGAGAAAGGACAGUGUAUAGUGUAAAAGAUAUACUGUCUGCUGUUGAGAAGGGAGGCGAUUGCUUAGUUCAUGAUAAUGGAACAAGUACAGAUUUAAAGGAGAUCCUACCUGAUGAAUCAUUAUCAGAUAUUAGUAACCUGUCACUAUUAAGAGGACGUGAUAUUAAGAAAGUGAUUGGAAUAACUGAAGAAUUCAAGACACCAUUGACUGCAGUAAAGCUAGAGACAACAAUUCAAAAUGACAAACCAGCUACUAAUUACUCACCCACACAGAUCAGUGAGUACAAUGAUGAUCAGCAAAAAGUUAUAUUGACUAUCAGGGAUCUGGUAGAUAUUGUACGAGUGUUAAAAGAUGGUUCCUUUCAAACUAUCAAAUGGUUUGAUCUUGGUCUCUACUUGGGUCUGAUUCAUAAUGAUCUCAAGGUUAUUGAGACUAACUAUCCACGAGAUGCUGAGCGAUGUCUUAGAGAAUGUUUAGCAAAAUGGCUUACAGAUGAUAUUGAAGCAACAUGGAACAAAUUAGCUAUUGCUGUAGGUAAAGUAGGAGGAAAGGGAGAUGGAGGAGUAAAGUGUAAUAAUAAUAAAGAUAAAGGAACAACAACCAACACUUUGAAUGAAUCUCAGGAACAUGGAAGUACUUCAAUAGAGAAAGGACAGUCUGAUAUUGAUGGACUUACUAUUAAUGAUGAAGUACAAGAAACACAGACUAAUAAACUGCUUGAUAUUAAAGAUCUUGAUAUUGUCAUUAAAGAAUUAAAAUCAGAUCAACACUUGCCUUGUUCUAUAUGGCAUGAACUAGGUCUACAGUUAGGAUUAUAUGAUCCUAGACUAGUGGAUAUAGACAAGAAGAAUAGAGGAGAUCCAGUGGAGUGUUUCCGUGAGUGUAUGUCUGCCUGGUUAAGAGGAGAAGAUAAAGUGAGAGAGAAAGGAGGUCCCAGUUGGUCAUCAUUAGCUACAGCACUGGAUGCAAUAGAAGAGAAAUCUAUUGCUAGUUACAUUAGAAAUUGUACUCAUUCCUCAUAGCUAGUUUAAUGUGUUCAUUCAUUGUCAGUGUACUAAUUAGCUGAGCUGUCAUCAUGUACUGAUUUCCCUAUCUCUAUAACUAGAACUAUUACUGAUAGCAUCAAACUAUGUUUAUUAUUAUAACUAAUGUUUAUCACCUAAUGAAUAUUACAUGUACUGCUGUAAAAGGAAACCUAAUUAUAUUUAUAUACUUGUUGUUGCAUUCGAGCAUGAUCUGGGCACAUGCACAGAAUGUGCAUUAAAAGUUUGUAGAUUACCAUCUUACAAAUUUUAACAGAUUAAAAGAAAAGUACAGAAACAGGAAGAAAUUAUGAAAAUAAGAAAUUACGAAGAAAGAAAAGGAGAGAGAGUUUAUUUAAGUUGUUUUAGUGACGUGUGUUGUUGCCUUCCCCAGUGCUACUUGUCUUGCAUUCAUUCCAAACUCCA